GAAGAAACCGCUCAUAAGCUCCCAUUAUAUGCAUCCACCUGCUCUUCCUCUUGCCCCUCUUUUCUCUCUUUUUUACCCUUCUUUCUUAUACAACUCCUCAACAGCUAUCUCCCAUCUUCUCACCUUCUUCACGCUUCUCUCAUUUUUUCUUUUAUAAAAUCUCCCCAAUUUAAAUCAUCCAAAUGCCUACUUAAUUCUUCUUUCUUCUUAUAAAUUUGCAUGUACCUCUCAUCAAUUUUGUCUUCCCCUUUUUGUAACUGUUGAAGUAGCAUCAACACUACCCUCUCCUUUCCUUUUCAAACUCUCUAAGCAAAAGACGGUAUUACUAUAUUUUUGGGAUGUGCACAAUGCGUUAAUGAAUCUAUAUUAUCUACCCAGCUCUCGUUUCCUUCUUCUUGGAGAUUUUGAAUCUUAUUGACAUUUUAGUCUAAUUAUUACCUUAGAAAAAAAAAAAAAAUGGCACCAGCUGAAAAUAACUGGCUAUCAUUCUCAUUGUCUUCCAUGGAAAUGCUGAGCUCUUCUUCUUCAGUACCAGCGGAUCAUCCUCCUCAUCACCAGCAUCAUCCACAGAUGCUUCAAUCUAACACCAUCAAUUUCAUUCCUCCCUUUGAUGCUUCUUCUUCUGCUGAUUCCCAACAUCCUUACUACUACUCGGAUCACUUUUAUGCCAAUGGUUGGCAGCAAAACUCUAAGGCUGAAGAAAUCACUGCACCGGCGGCAAACAACAACAUGAAUGGGCAUCAUCAUCAUCAUCAUCUUCCGACCCAUCCUGACCAGACAUCAAUUUUCACCAGUUUUCUCGACCAAAGCCAGCCGCCGCCGAAGCUGGAGGACUUCUUAGGCGGCGAGUCCACCGAGACGCAGGAUUCCUCCUUGACUCACAUCUACGACCCCCACCACCACCACCACCACGGCGGCGGAGCUGCAGCCGCGGCGGCUGCCACCUCAGCUUACUUCGGUGAUCAUCAUCAUCAACAGCAAGAUCUUAAGAACCUGACUGGGUUUCAAGCUUUUUCAACCAACUCCGGUUCGGAGGUUGACGACUCGGCUUCUGUGGCGAGAACCCAAGUUGUGGGCGGCGAGUUUACGGGUCAAAGCAUCGAGUCAGGGACCGAGUUGGCGGCAUAUGCACAGUGUUCUACUGGGGGAGCUUUGUCUCUGGGCGUUAGUAAUAAUAAUAAUAAUAAGGUUGCCCAGAACGAAGCGUCUGAUCGGAACGCCAUUGUUGCUGUUGUUGAUUCUGAAAGCUGCAAGAAAAUCUCUGAUACUUUUGGCCAACGGACUUCCAUUUACAGAGGUGUAACUAGACACAGAUGGACAGGAAGAUACGAAGCGCAUCUAUGGGAUAACAGCUGUAGAAGGGAGGGCCAAGCCAGAAAAGGGCGUCAAGUUUACUUGGGUGGAUAUGACAAGGAAGAAAAGGCAGCAAGGGCUUAUGACUUGGCUGCUCUCAAAUAUUGGGGUCCCACUGCUACCACCAAUUUCCCUGUUUCCAAUUAUACUAAAGAACUUGAGGAAAUGAAGCAUGUGACUAAGCAAGAAUUCAUCGCCUCACUGAGAAGGAAAAGUAGCGGUUUCUCCCGCGGAGCAUCUAUAUACCGUGGUGUGACAAGGCAUCAUCAACAAGGCCGUUGGCAAGCUAGGAUAGGUCGUGUUGCAGGGAAUAAGGACUUGUACCUAGGAACCUUUGGUAAGAACUUUCCUCUGGGGCAAAUUUCAAGUGUCACGCAUAGGUUUAUAACUUGUGCAGUUGAUUUUUUCCAAAUGAAUUGCUUUUCUUUUUCUUGGGAUUAAAAUGGAUUGGAUUUGAGUUUUGAAGUAUUUGUAAACGCCAUAGACCAGUCUUAUUCAGUGUGUAUUGACUUGCUCCUUCUGGCUGUUAGCUACUGAGGAAGAAGCUGCAGAGGCAUACGACAUAGCAGCGAUAAAGUUCAGGGGGAUGAAUGCAGUAACAAAUUUUGAGAUGAAUCGCUAUGAUGUGGAAGCUAUUAUGAAGAGUGCUCUUCCAAUUGGUGGAGCAGCAAAACGCUUGAAGCUCUCCAUGGAAUCCGAACAGAAACCCACUAUUAGCAAUGAUCAACAGACUGAAUGCAGCAGCAACAGUGGAGGCAGCAGCACUAUCAACUUUGGGGCGUUUCAGCCGAUCUCCUCCAUUCCUUGUGGAGUGCCAUAUGAUACUGCUACGCCACCUCCUUAUUACCAUCACAAUCUCUUCCAUCAUCUCAAUUCUGGUACUGCUGUCUCUCAUGACACUCCUGGCCCCGUCUCCUCCAUUAUCACUCCCAUGCCUUUGCUGCCUUCACCUGCAGAGUUCUUCAUAUGGCCUCACCAGUCCUAUUAACAAAUGACGACCACCAACUCCAAGCUAGUUAACUUCUUCAUAAAAAAUACAGUUAUAGCUAAUCCCUGGUAUUGAUUUAAAGCUGACCCUUUGUCGAUCGAUCAUUUGACCCUCUAGGCAAAAUCAUAUUAGCAUAGAAGUAACCGUGGAAAAGGCUGUGGGAUAUAAAGCUCUUGAAGAUUAGUAGUCGGAUGAAGCUUUUAGUUUAAGUGGUAGUAGAAGAAGUUGAACUUGUAAUUACAAUCCUCUAGUUAUCUUUGACAGCUGAAUUAGAACUUGAUGCUGCAGGCUUAAUGAUGAUAAGGGGUUAUCGGAGCAACACUCAUUGUGGAAAAAUUUUGUUAUUUUGCCCCCAUUUCCAUCGUUUUGAGUGGCUCCUCCUCUUAUCAAAAUCAGCGUUGCUGAUAUAUUAUGCGAAAAAAGAAACUAACAAAAAAGAAAUCAAUGAGAAUGUCGGAAUUCUAUGAUAAAAUGUUGUUGCGCUUAUAUAGUUUUCUUGUGCCCUUGCUAAUAUUUUUUUUGUCCAGAAAAAAAAGCACUGGAAUGAACCACAGAUUGCUUAUU